AUGGACGGCAUUCCAGCAACUCAGGAUAAUACCGACCUUCUGACGGCCAUGAUAGCCGGCUCAGGUGCCGCAGUGGUACAAACUGUGGUGACUUAUCCGUUUGAAUACGUGAAAACGACAUCGCAGAUAGCCAAUAGCUCGCUGCUCAAGACUCCAUAUCAUAUCCCAACCAAUAGCGUGCGGUCGCUGUUCGUUGGCUGCAAUGGAUUGGCCUUGGGAAAUGCUCUGAAAGCUUCCUCACGGUUUCUGAUUUUCAACAGCAUGACUAAGUUCAUGGGAACCGAUAACAGCAAGGCCAACGCCCCGAGAGUGGUGGUUGCUGGUUUGAUGACCGGCUUUUUAGAGACACUGUGGGUGAUACCUGUGGAGAACGUGAAGACGCGAAUGAUUGAGAACGCAAUGGAAAAGCAAGGCUACCGAUUGCCUCUUCCGUCUUAUGCAGGGACCACCGGAGAAGACGGGGUGGAAAAACCAAGGCUGACCAAACGGCCCUUGGAAAGCAAACCGUUCAACCCUCGCCAAAAGUACAUUGACUACUACCGUGCAAACCCGUCCACCACUUUCUUCAGGGCUCUCAAAGAGAUAUAUGAGACAACGGGCCUUUCAGGAUUUAAAAGAGGUUCUUUGAUCACUAUCUUUAGACAGACCAUGAAUAGCAUGGUUUGGUUUUCGACAUACAACUUCCUGCAGCAGUUCAUUGAUCCGACAAGAGACUCAAUCACUGACUUAGAACUGAUGGGGAUGGGAGUGGCAUCUUCAUGCGCCGUUGUGGCAAUUACACAGCCUAUUGACGUGUUGAAGACACGAAUGCAGACUAAAAACUACAAGCCUAUUUACAGGGACAUCAUGACCCUCGUAGUGAAGACGUUCAUGCAAGAAGGCGUGGCCAAAAUGUGGAGUGGAUGGCUUCCACGGUUGAUGAAGGUGUCCUGCAGUUCGUCAAUUACAUUGGUGACUUACGAAAUGCUUCAGAAGGGAGUGAACGGUUUGACAGAUAUUAAACCGUUUGCGGCUUCAUAA